UGUUUGGCUGUGUGUGUAAUGUUAUCUGUUCAUUCUUUGAUAGUUGAGCCGGAGAUAUGUAGAUCUGAAAUAGGAUUUUAGAUUCUAGUUUGUGGAUUCUAAGGGAAAGUUGAAAAGAGUUAUUGGGUAAUUUGGAGGAAAGACAUUUUAAUUCUCUGCUGGUUUUGGUAUUGAUUUCCUCAAAAUUGAUCAGCCGUUACUAUAUGCCUUGGCAGAUUUUCUUAUUAUGUUCUUUUCUUUGUUAUAUCAUAAAUGCAAUUACAUUAUACUGGUCGUUGGAACAGAUGGAUAUGACAAACAAAGAUGAAGAUGAUGCAAUAGUUGGAGCUGUAGCUACAUCUGUUUUAGCUUUCGGAGUUGCAAUUAAUGUAGCCUAUAAUAAUCAAAGUAGCAUUCCUAGAGAACCUUAUACGAAUAAAGAUCAAGAAAGGGAAUUUUACAUGAAUAGUAUUUUGAAUGGAAGUGAUGUUCAUUGUAUAGGACAGAUAAGGAUGAGCAAGCAUGUGUUUUAUGAACUAUGCAAUGCUCUUAGAAGAAAUAAUUUGUUGUGUUCAACCAAAAACAUGUCUAUUCAAGAACAAGUAUUAAUAUUCUUAGAGAUCGUUGGUUUUAAUGAACGAUUUCGCAAGAUUGGAUCACACUUCUAUAGGUCAAUCGAAUCUAUUCAUCGAUGCUUUCACACGGUACUUCAAGCAGUUUUGAAGCUCUACCCUAUCCUUAUAAAACCAUCAGAUGGUACUAUUCAACCGGAGAUAAGGAACAACUAUCGAUAUUAUCCAUGGUUUGCUAACUGUGUAGGAGCAAUAGAUGGCACACAUGUGCUUGCAUCUGUUCCUAUUGAACAACAAAGUAGAUUUCGUGGUCGAAAAGGCACAACAACACAAAAUGUAUUGGCUGCCAUCAACUUUAAUUUGAAGUUCACGUAUGUACUAGCUGGUUGGGAAGGAUCUGCUCAUGACUCUCGCAUAUUAAAUGAUGCAUUAGAGAGACCACAUGGGUUUCAAAUCCCCCAAGAUAAAUUUUAUCUUGGAGAUGCGGGAUAUGGACUUCGUAAGGGAUUCAUUCCUCCUUAUCACGGAGUACGCUAUCACUUACAAGAGUAUAGUGAUCGUCCUCCCCAAAAUGAAAAAGAAUUAUUCAAUCUUCGGCAUGCAUCAUUGAGAUCCUCAGUUGAACAUGCCUUUGCUAUUCUCAAGCGACGAUUCCGUGUGAUUGAUAAUGAACCCUUUUGGGACUUUAAAACUCAAGUGGAUGUGUUCAACCUCAAAAUGCUCAAAUUACUCAAAGCUCUCAAGGGAGUCAAAGCUAUCAAACCCAAAGAGAGAGACGUGAAGAAGCUAGAGAAUGCCAUUAAUGAACAAUUAGGAAUGGACUGUUCUCCUAAGCAUGUGGAGAAUCAUCUUAAAACGCUAAGAAGCACAUGGAAUACAGUGCAAACUCUACUAAACAAAAGUGGUCUUGGAUGGGAUGACAACUUGAAGAUGAUUACUGCCAGUCCCAGAGUGUAUGCAAUGCAUAUUCAGGCGCAUCCUAGUCAUGAUAAGUUCAUCAACAAGAAGAUUGAUAUGUUUGAAGAAAUGUCUCUUGUCUGUGGGAAUGAUCGAGCUAGAGGUGAUUGUGCUAAGUCAUUUGAAGAUAUAGGCUUGGAUUGUAGUUCGGAGAAAGGUAAUGAAGAUGAGAUUGAAGGACCAUCUAAGGAGAAUGGAGUGCAAGAUGUGAGUGAAACUUCUCAAGUCAAGUCAAGUCGUAAAAGAAAUCGUCCUUCUGAUGUGCAAGAUGUGGUCGGUGAUAUUUCAACAAAACUUGGAGAAGUGGCAGCGGCAAUAAGUAAGAUAGCUGAUAGCCGAUUAGAUUUGACAAGGUUGUAUGAAGAAGUUAUGGCAAUUGAAGGUUAUGGGGAAGAGUUCUUAGGGGAUGCUUUUGACUAUUUGGUACAAAGUGAUACUUUAGCUAAGGGAUUCAUGGCUAAAAAUCAAAAUCUCCGUAAGGUGUGGUUGGAAAGGUUCAAGCGACAACAUAAAUAGAAUAUAGAAGUGAAUCGG